GCGGACAUCCUGACCAGACACGAGCGUGGACAAAAGGGAGGUUCAGGAGAGGACACUGCUGAAGGGGCCAGAGGAGAAAGUGUGCACUUCCUUCAAGAUGGAAACUGCCCAGGAGCGCAAGCCAAAAAGGCCACACUAUAUCCCCCGACCGCCAGGCAAGCCCUUUAAGUACCAGUGUUUCCAGUGUCCUUUCACCUGCAACGAAAAGUCCCAUCUCUUCAACCACAUGAAAUACAACCUGUGUAAAAACUCCAUCUCUCUGAUGUCCCAGAAAAGUGGUCAGACAGCCCGACAGGUCAAGGCUAUAGCAAAAGGAGUCUCUUUAAAAUCAAAGGAGUGUCCAAGCCCUCCACUGACAUCUCAAAACAACAGCCCUGAAAAACAGGCAGCUGAGGAAAACGAGGCUGAGAGCAAAGACGACACUGAAGAUGUAGACAUUGGGCGUGACAGCCCGUUCAUUAAGGACAGCCAGAGUGUGACAAAAUCAAAUACAGAGGCAGAGAGUGAGAACAGCGAGAGCUAUGAGGCCAAGUCUCUGCCCCGCCCUUCUGCUUUCUCCCCUGUCACACCCAAAAAUGACAGCACAGAGGCCCUGAAGUCACCUGUGAAACAGUCAGAGGAUCUGCCAGCUUCUGCUCCCUCUUUCAACCACCCAGGAUUCCAAUGGGGCACUAUUUCACCAUCCAUGCCCUUAAAACCGUUCCCUCCUCCUUUUGUUCCAGAAUACCCUCCUUAUUUGCUGCCUGAUCGGCCGUUGUAUCCACCAUACUACCUCACAGGAAACCACAGCAGCGAGUCAAACUCUUCCUCCUUCCGGCCACAGUUCUUGGAUCCUCAGAGGCCUGUUGUACCACAACCCAUUACUCCACCUCACCUCUUCCCCCCAUACCCAUACAGAUACUGCCACCCUCUUAAUCCUGCCCCUCCUCUACAUUACACCCUGUACAGGCCUCAUGAGCUCUCUAUGCCAAUCACAGGACACAGAUAUCUUCCUUUGGACUUGUAUGGCCCAGCAAUUGGGCCCAAGGAUUAUGACUUAUACAUGCAUUCACAUCCCAGCCACAACAGUCUCAACACAUCUAUGAAAGAGGAGAGCAACCAUGGGCAAAGUGGAGACAAGGAAACCAGGCUAAGUCCUAAAGAGGGAUGUUCAGCCUUGGGGUCCCCUGACAGACCAAGUCAUGCACAUUUAAUCCAGAAAGACACAGAUGCUCCCCACUACACUGAUAUAGGUGUGUUGCAUACAUUCACCCAACAUGAACACACAGCUAAUGAUGUGCAGCAUGCUGACACUGAUGAGAGGCGGGAAGAGUCUGCAGAAAGCUUGCUGCAGUUAAGAAACCUGCAUGUGGAUGGAAGAUCAUCUGAAAUGAGCAAAUACUACACUUCGUCUGCUCCUGAGCCUCUACCUGAAACAAUGUCAGAAAAGGAUACUGAGGCCAACAGAGAAGAUCUGACACCCCUCAACCUUUCGAUGAGAAAUCAGGAGAGAGAGAGCAGCUCCUCUGACAACAGGUACUCUGAUACAGAGAACUUAAAGGUGGUAGAGUUGCCCCUGAACCUGAGCCUGAGAGCCUCUCACAGCAGCCCUGCACACAGCUCUACCCUGAGCCCUUCAGAGGAUCCUCUGCAGGACACUGAGCAGGAGGAAGAGCCAUUCGACCAGCGGCAGACUGCAGCUCUAGCCCUCUGUCAGCUAGCCAUUGCAAGCUCUGCUGCCUCUUCAUGUGACUUCAGUGCUGCAGAUGGGCUCUCAGAGGCUAAAAGGCCUGACUCUCCAAAGAAGACCAAACACGCAACUAAGACUAAAGCAGCUGGCAUGAAAAGAGCAAGUAGUGGCCAGGCUGAAAGCAACUGCCAUAAACCAAAUAAGAGAGCAAAAGCAGCAGGGCGGGCUCUGAGGAGAAGGCUUCGUUGCUGCUAACAACACUGACUGUUUUGAUAAUUCAUAACAAGGACAGAAUAUCUUUACUGCUAAAAGCCCGAACGGGACAAAUAUGAACUAUCAAAAAUUAAUAUAAAAACUAUAAUCAAGCACUGAAAAAUCUAGUUAUUCUAGCAAGAGAAUGUGACUGUGUAAUAUCUAUUGUAUAGCACUGCUGUAAAACUGUUUGAUAGAUUAAAUUGUAAGGGGUAUUUGCAUUUAUUUUGUGUAUUGAUUUCACACGUGACUGUAAAAGGUGAAAGGCAAGUUUUAUGUAGGUUCUCAUU